CACGAGCUGACGCUUCCUCCACAUCCAGAGCCAGAGCAAGAACCAGGAAGUGAAAGUACACACAUGGAGGGUGUGUCGUUCCCUGCCACUGAAUGUUUUAUUUUUAAAAACACAGUCCUCCGAGGAUAAGUAAUGGGGGACUCUGCGAGGACCAAGCGGCGGGAGCAGCUGAAGCGCUGGGCCGGCUCGUGCACCGACAAAGCGCCGGCGGUGCCCAGGCGGAGGUGGCGGGGCGAUGCCGAGAACGGAGCAGGGGAGCCGGAGGCCGAACUCAGCGACCCGCCGAGGGAGCAGCCCGAGUGUGAGGGCAGAGAUGAAACCAGCCCCUUCCUCAAACGGCGGAAAAGGGUGAGGUUUGACAGGGCUGCAGAGUUCCUGGCUGCCUGUGCCAGCGGGGACACGGAGGAGGCCCAGGUGAUGCUGGAGGAGGCCAAACAGACCAAAAGGAGGAAUGGAGAGGAUGUGGUAGAAAUUAUUAACUGUUCCAAUGCAGAUGGAAUCACUGCUCUCCACCAGUCCUGCAUAGAUGGCAGCAUGGAGAUAGUGACCUUCCUUUUGGAGCACGGUGCCAAUGUGAACCAGGUGGACAGUGAGGGAUGGACGCCGCUCCAUGUUGCUGCCUCCUGUGGCUACCCCGACAUUGCAGAUUUUCUUGUGCAGCAAGGUGCGUCUCUUUCUGCUGUCAACUGUGACGGUGACGUUCCUCUGGACAUCGCUCUGGAUGAGACCACUGAAUCCCUCCUGCAGAGUUACGCUGUGAGACUGGAUGUGGACAUGGAGGCAGCCAAGCGGCUAGAGGAAGAACAGAUCAUGUCAGACGCCCGGACCUGGCUGACUGAGGGCCCACCAGCUGAUUUACGACACCCCCGGACUGGGGCCACCCCACUACAUGUGGCUGCUGCCAAAGGCUACCUAGAGGCCCUCAAGAUACUGUGCCAAUGUGGGCUGGACGUGUCAGCUAUGGACUAUGAUGGCUGGACGCCUCUCCAUGCCGCAGCACACUGGGGUCAAGGGGAGGCCUGUUGCAUUCUGGUUGAACAGCUGUGCAAUAUGGAGGCCCGCAGCAACGCGGGUCAGACACCAUUUGAUGUAGCUGAUGAAAGCAUUGAGGAGCUCUUGGAGGAGUUAUCACAGAAACAAGCGAAGUCCAUACAGGACAGGCAAAACCAACAAGGCUCCACUGCCGCAAAUGCACAAAAAAAGCGGAGGAGCUCAGUGUGCAGGAUGAGCAGUAAAGACAAGAUGAACGUGCAGGACCAGUCUAAAGAGAGGGGUGUUUCAGGAAGUCUGGAACUGAGUGAGGAGAAAGAGAGCAGCCCCGAAAGUUCCACAGUAUCCAGUCCAGAGAGUGUGACUACAUCAACCGUCAGCUCUGCUGACAAGACACCAGAAGAGAGAGAUGAGGAGAGGGAGCAGGACAAGGCGAACCGCACCGCCAGAGUCCAACCUACUCCUCAGACACGAGACACGACGGCUGAGAGCCCCAACACCCCAAACACCGACAGGCGCAAGUUCCAGGCUCCAGUCAGAGAUGAAGAGUCUGAGUCUCAAAGGAAAGCCCGCUCUCGGAUGAUGCGGCAGUCCCGUCGCUCCACACAGGGUGUGACUCUGACAGACCUGAAAGAAGCAGAGAAGACUGCAGCUAAAGCUGCAGAUCAACCGCCUCGCAACAUCCAGCCCGUCAGCCCCAUUGUUACUGUCACGCCUGCUGAAAGGGACACAGACCCAGUGAACCAGGGCGAGCCGGAGGGAGAGAAGCGUCUGGGAGUGAGGGACAGGAGGAGAGGGAGGAGGGAGAGACGAUCCACCGGCAUCGUUCAGCCAGGUGGAGAGAAUGAAGAUGAUGACACUCAUUUGGAUGACACAAACAGUAACAGCACUUCCAAUGAGACAGAACUGGGAGACUCGUCAGCUGACUACAGAACGCUGUACUUUAAGGUACUGCAGGAGAACCUGGCUCUGAAGGACAAGCUGCAAGAGAUGGAGCUUCUGCUCAGCCAGAACAAAGUGGAGCUGGAGAGACUGCGACAGGUUCGGCAGAGUCAAGAGAGCAGCACAGACAGACCCGCCCUGCUGGAACUGGAGAGAUUUGAGAAGUUGGCCCUCCAGAGGAAAGCAGUGGAACUGGAGGACGAGCUGAAGGUUCUGGGGGACCUCAGAGCGGACAACCAGAGGCUCAAGGAUGAGAAUGCCGCCCUCAUUCGAGUCAUCAGCAAACUCUCAAGAUGAACCUUUUAAAAAAAAAAAAAAUCUACAUGGAGCUAAAAAAGUAUUACAGGAUUUUUGUUUUUUUUUUACCCAGCUUAGAAGACACAAAGCGGAACGGGAGACAACGGCAGCAAACACCUGCAGCGCACAUUCAACAGUAACUGGAAAAGCGUGUUAGAUUUCAGGGUUAUUCGUCUGUGUUUGGGCCUUUAUGUUUUGGCAGAUCUACUGUAAAACAAGCUGAACUGCACCUCCUGUGGACUGACAGGACCCGCCUGUUCACGUCCACUUUUAUAUUAAGUCUUAUUGUAUUUUUUUAACUGGAAUAUUUUAAUGUGCUUUGCUUCCCUGAUACUUUGUAUAAACUCUGUAUUACGAGACUUAAAGCCAUGCACAGUGUGAGCUCACAGUAAUGUUUUAGACACCCUCUGAUGAGGAGGGAAUAAAAAAAGGCAAGUGUAAGGGGUGGUUACUAGAAAAAGACAAAAAAUAAAUAGACUUAUGAUAAAUGUGCCAAAAACCAGCCCCUGUUUUGCAUGUCUGUUGGGGAAAAGUGGUCAGUGUUGUUUCUCAGGAUGAGUCUUGGGUCGAUGCUUUCGGUUUUGGCUGACUGCUAUAAAGGUGGACCAAAUUUGCAUGCUCAUUUCUCCCCCAUGCUCCUCUGAAUGUAUAUUUAACAUGUAUAUUUAUGUACAGGGACCAUCUGUGCUUGACAGCGACGUAAAGGCGUAUGCGUGCUUCCUGUUGUACAAAAGACGGAGAGUUUUGGGUGCUUAUCAUGGACGUCAGGCGCAGCUGUGGUUCAGAGGGAUUUUUAAAUUUGUUACAAACGUCGGUAACACUUUCUAUGAAACCCAUCUAUAACGCAUUAUAACGCAUCAUGAACAUACUUAUAAUGCCUCUAUAGUGCUGUAUAAUCAUAGUUAAAAGCACUCAAGGAUAUCUAUAAUGCUUUAUAAAAAUAAUCAUAAUUCAUUAUGAUGCCAAUGUCUAUGAUGAGUUAUGAACAUACUUAUAAUGUGUUAUAGUAUGCAUAUAGCAUUUAUAAAUAUGCAUAUAACUAUAUAUGAAUGAUACUCAUGUUUGUUGUCCUUUCUUAUGUUAUGAAUCUGACGAGCAAGAAUGCCAUAUUUGUGGUUUCUUCCUAACCUGUACUCCCAUUUAAUCACUCUGAACAGCUUUCUUGUGCAGAUCCCUAAAACUAUGAUUAUACAGCACUAUAGAGGCAUUUUAAUGCAUUAUAAGUAUGUUCAGAAUGUGUUAUAAUGCAUUAUAGACAUGCACCAUAGAAAGUGUUGCCAAAAUGACAGAUCGUUUAAGAGCUUUAGGAGAAUGCUUGCUCUAUUCUUAGUACUGUAAGUCAGUAGUAAUUCUGCUUUACUGUUUUGACUAGACGCUUCUGAAAGCAACGACCCCUAAGCUAAGUAUUCACCCUGUGACGGACGGCUGUUAAGUGUUGAACAGACAGGCCAGAUGGGUCAACGUUUGAAUGUUUACUCCACCGUUAAAGAAAAUACUUGCAUGUCAAAUUGUAUUUUGAUGCUGUGCCUUUGGAUAUACAUUUCUAAGUAAUAUUUCUAUUUUGCUUUGGCAAACGUACACUGUUAAGUAUGAAAUACAGUAUGGGCAUAAAUGA